CGCGAGCCGGCCUGGAGGGGCAGCCGUGGCAGGUGCAGGUGCCGCGCGCGGGGACCCGGCCAAGCAGCCCCGGCCCAGCAGCUCCGGCCCAGCAGGCGCGCUCCCUCGGCUUGGCACGCGGGCUCUAGGACCUCCGGCAGAGGCGGCGGCAGGGCUCGGCGCCUCGGAGCGUCUCGGGCCGCUGGGGCGUCGGGCGGCUGCGGCUCCUCCCCCGCCCCCCGGACGCCGGCGCGUUACUCAUUAACUGCGCGAUCCCGAGGGCCCGCGGCUGUGAACCCGAAUCCCGGUUACCUGUCGGCGGGGCGCGCGCGCGACUCACAGCAGGGGGCCCGCGGCAGCGGGGGUGGGGGGGCUGGUUCUAAGAGAGUUCCCGAACAAGUGUGGAGCCCGGCGCUGCGCGGGAUCUGGAGUGGGGUGAAGCAGUAGGCUUAGACCUGGAGUCUUAGUAAAGGACGAGCGAGGCUCCGUGCUGAGGCGUAGAGGUCACCCUUGGCAGGGUUUCGGCGAAACUUGCGGGGCCCGAGCAAGCUCUAGGAGUCGCGCCUUAGGUGGCCGCGCAUUUCGGCCUGACUUUUGUUUCGGGGAGUUGAGACGAGCUGCGCGGACGUAAUUGUAAUUACACUGCCCUUCCACCGUUGACAACUCUCUCCGACCGCCCGGGGACCAGCCAGCUCUAAUGGACUCUGGAGGUGAUGAUGUUAGGUGGAAUCUGCAGCACGUGAAGAGUUGCCAGUUGUUAUGGCAUUAAGAAAACAUCUGUAAUGGCUAAAGGGUUAUCUUAUGAUGAGGCUUUUGCUAUGGCUAAUGACCCCUUGGAAGGCUUCCAUGAAGUAAACCUUGCUUCGCCUACUUCUCCAGACCUUCUUGGUGUGUAUGAAUCAGGAACUCAAGAGCAGACUACCUCACCAAGUGUCAUCUAUCGGCCACAUCCUUCAGCUCUGUGCUCUGCUCCUAUUCAGGCUAAUGCCUUAGAUGUUUCCGACCUUCCCACACAACCCGUGUAUUCAUCCCCCAGACGUUUAAAUUGUGCAGAAAUAUCUAAUAUCAGCAUCCAUGUUACAGAUCCAGCACCUUGUUCUACCUCUGGAGUCACAGCUGGGUUAACUAAAUUAACUACCAGAAAGGACAACUGUAAUGCAGAGAGGGAGUUUUUACAGGGUGCUACUAUAACAGAGGCUUAUGAAGGCAGUGAUGAUAUUUUUGGGUUGAGUACUGAUAGUCUGUCCCGUUUACGAAGCCCAUCUGUUUUGGAAGUCAGAGAAAAGGGCUAUGAAAGAUUGAAAGAAGAACUUGCAAAAGCUCAGAGGGAACUGAAGUUAAAAGAUGAAGAGUGUGAAAGGCUUUCUAAAGUACGAGAUCAACUUGGACAGGAAUUGGAGGAACUCACAGCUAGUCUGUUUGAGGAAGCUCAUAAGAUGGUGAGAGAAGCAAAUGUCAAGCAGGCAGCCGCAGAAAAACAGCUAAAGGAAGCACAAGGAAAAAUCGAUGUCCUUCAAGCUGAAGUAGCUGCAUUAAAGACACUUGUCUUGUCCAGUUCUCCAACAUCACCUACACAAGAGCCUCUGCCAGGUGGAAAGACACCUUUUAAAAAGGGGCAUACAAGAAAUAAAAGUACAAGCAGUGCUAUGAGUGGCAGCCACCAGGACCUCAGUGUGAUACAGCCCAUUGUAAAAGACUGCAAAGAGAGUACCACUUACCUGCCUUGGGGUUUAUGUCCAUUGAAGCGUAAACUUUACAAAGAAAAUGAAUUUGGAAAUGCUGACUUAUCUCUGUAUAAUGAAUUCAGAUCUUGGAAGGAUGAUCCUACAAUGGAUAGAUCAUGUCCUUUCUUAGACAAAAUUUAUCAGGAAGAUAUCUUUCCAUGUUUAACAUUCUCAAAAAGUGAGUUGGCUUCAGCUGUUCUGGAGGCUGUGGAAAACAAUACUCUAAGCAUUGAACCGGUGGGAUUACAGCCUGUUCGAUUUGUGAAAGCUUCUGCAGUCGAAUGUGGAGGACCAAAAAAAUGCGCUCUAACUGGCCAGAGUAAAUCCUGUAAACACAGAAUUAAAUUAGGGGACUCAAGCAACUAUUAUUAUAUUUCUCCUUUUUGCAGAUACAGGAUCACCUCUGUAUGUAACUUUUUUACAUACAUUCGAUAUAUUCAGCAGGGGCUCGUGAAACAGCAGGAUGCAGUGAUGAGGAUAGGUCCGAAUGGAAUAAAGAUUACUAUAUUCUGAAUCAGCUGAAACAUAUAGAUGAUAUAUCCGAGAGAGCCAACCUCAUUUGAUCAGAUGUUUUGGGAAGUUAUGCAGUUGAGAAAAGAGAUGUCAUUGGCAAAGCUGGGAUAUUUCAAAGAGGAACUCUGAUGCUCUGCCUGGGACCAUGCAUGAACCUCCCUGAAUACCUGGAAAAUGGCUGAAUAUUUUUAUGGUUACUUGAUAUUUAUUUCCAAGGAGUGGGCCCAAGACGUUUUCUCUCUUUUGCAGAUUACACUAAGAAGUACUGUGAUUUCUUUUAAAUUGACCUCUGCUGUGUCUGCUUACUCUCUAGUUGAACACACUAUAAAGAAUUAUAGGUGUACUAGUGAUUGUAAUUUAGAGUUGCAAAAAAAAAAGCUAAAUAAAAUACGUCAAUGUUAGAUUGAA